AUGGCUUCCGAAGCAAAGACCAUGCUGGCAGUCUAUGCGGCCAAGGGCGAUGCGGAAAACCCCCUCUCAGGCCUCACAGUUGGUCAAGUCCCUGUACCCAAGGUCCCAGAAGGCUGGGUCCGCGUCAAGAUUGAGGCUGCGACUGUCAACUUCCAUGACAUUUUCACCCUGAAGGGCAUCGGCGCCCAUCCCAUCACUUUCCCGAUCGUUCUGGGCUGCGAGGGCGUUGGGACUCUCGAUGAUGGAACCCGUGUUGUCAUCUACCCGGUCAUGAUCUCGCCUGGAUACAUCGGCGACGAGACCAAAGAUGCAAAGCGCAACGUGUUUUCGGAGCUCGUCGACGGCACCAUGGCGGAAUAUGUUGCUGUCCCGAAGGCCAAUAUCUUGCCCCUGCCGAAGGAGAUCGACCCUGUAUCAGGCUCUGUGCUCGGAAUCGCCUGGCUGACCGCAUACAGCAUGCUCUUUAAGAAAUCUGGCCUUCGACCUGGACAGACGAUGCUUGUGCAGGGCAGCUCAGGAGGCGUCAGCACCGCUCUAAUCCAGCUUGGAGCGGCUGCUGGCAUGCGCGUAUUCACCACGGGUCGCUCUCCUGAGAAGCGGAAGCUCGCCGAGUCACUGGGCGCGGAGAGAACGUUUGACUCUGGAGAGGUUCUGCCUGAGCAAGUUGACGCUGUGUUUGAUACCAGUGGCACAGUUACGUGGAAGCACACUGUUGCCUCCGUGAAGACGGGUGGCACGAUUGUGAUUUGCGGCGGCCACAGUGGCUUUGAGCUGCCUACAGAUUCGUUCCGCCUGAUAGUUGACCAGCUCAGCAUUCAUGGAGUCUAUGCCGGAACACUCGAUGAGUUCCGAAGCCUGGUCUCGUUUGUGGCGGCGAAGAAGAUUAAGCCUCGCAUCGGAAAGGUUCUGCCGCUGUCUGAGGGCGUGCAGGCUAUUACAUCGGUCUCUGAGGGCCAGACUCAGGGCAAGGUGGUGUUGACAGUUGGGGAUGUAGCUGUGUAG